CCAAGCACGUGAUCGAUCGCCUCAAGGCUGGUGCUCCUUCCUCUGUCCCCGACACCUUCUUUGACUCGAGCGUCUAUCGUUCGGGUCUGCGUAUGUUGCAUUCCUGGAAGCAGCGCAAGGAGUCCGACACCAGCUUCAACGAGCAUUACCACAUUGCCCAAUGGGACUACGCUGAUCACCAAUGGGUCAGACGUCCCGGUGCCGCCUUCACCGUUGCCGACCUCAACGCAUUCUCCAUCCGUCUCGGAACCGAUGGCAGCGACUCUGUCCCUGUCGAUCUCGCUGGUGACGGCGAUGAUAUCAGUGUCGACGGCGACUGCGCAUCCAGCGCACCCGUCGAUAUCCCAGCCGACCUUCACGGCGAUCUGGUCGAGUUCGUCUUCGACAACUUUGAUGUGCAGGAGCGCGACCAGAUCAGAGUCGAUGCGGCCAAGAUCUACCGCAACCCGGUCAACCCCUUCCUGUAUAUCCCCCUUUCUCAUCGCCUCUGCUUCUUCAAGCUCGAUCAGCACAAGCGCUCCAGUAACACGCAGUACAUCCGCUUCGAUGCCGAGGGUGCUGCUCGCAUGUGCUGGGAUGUCGACUCGUGCAAGGGGAAGCGCUACAAGCCCGUCAAGCUCACCAAGGUCCCCAAGGUGCUUCGUGAUUUUUUGAAAUCACAGCUGAGCCAGAAGAAUCUGAAGCGCAAGUUCAGUGCAGCCACCGCAUCCGAGACUUCGACUCUGGCAAAAAAAGUCGUCGCCCCCCUUCAGACAUCGUCCUCGGUUCCUGUGUAUAUGGAGGAUGUCGUUGUCAUUGAUCAUUCGUUGCUGACCGCAGCAGGCGACAAACUCAAGCCCAUCUUCCAGGGAUUCGUCGGUGCCCAUUUCCAAACCAUCCGCGACAUUCGCUUCCAGCACUCAUCUCUGCUUUUCAAUGCAUCCUUUGGUGCAUGCCCCGACCAGGAUUGCCGCGAGCCCUUUGCCUCCCCCAAAGUUGCCGGGGUCAAGUACUCGGAUGGAUCCGUCACCAUUCGUUCUUUCGAUGAUGGGGAUGGUGUCGCUGCAUGCCACUCCCCCGUCGCAGUCGCUCUCAAACCCGAACACAGAACCACCGUUGAUGCCUGGAUCCGGGCAUCCAUCAACGAAGACGACCAGCUCUCUGGAAUCGUGCAGAGAGUCGCAUCUCAUGAGGUGAUCGCUGAAGAAAUCAUCACCCUGAUCGACGAGAACUUUGGCAAGCCCCGCGAGACCAUUCACAACCCCCGUCUCUCGCCUUCCGGUGCCCACGCUGAUAUUUCGUCCUCCUGUCGUCACUGCGGUGGUACCACCCGGGCUGAUAUCGAGGGUGGUGGAAUCUCGGGUGUAUAUGCGCUCGCCCUCAUCCGUGAACAAUGCGAGACUUGCCAGAAAUUCAAUCCUCCCUACCCUAUCGUGGCUCAGAGCAAGAACAUGAUGCUCGGGGCUGCUCUCGACAAAGUCCGCCAGAGGUUCCCCGACCGCACCGCCUUUGCCGGGAUGGGGUUCAGCCUUCAGCUCCAGAACAACGGGUUGGUCAACUUCAACAACAUCACCAUCACUUCGCCUGCCGACGACGAUGGUAUCGACCUCAGAAUUGGUGAGCGAUAUCUCAGUGACGAUCUUGUCGUGUUCACCGACGCGAAUAUCAACGCUGCCUUCAUCCAGGCCCUGGGAUGCAAGCCAAAGUACGUGGCCGAGUUCUUGUACUCGAUCAUGAGCGACGACAUCUACGUUCGCGAUUGCAAGAGCCCAGAGGCCUUCACGUUCGCCUUUCCCAAAUGGCGCUCCAACACGAUCGAGAUCUUCAUCCUCAAUGUCACGCCCGACAGGAAUAGCGUCUUCAAUAAGGCCUUCAUGAGGGCCAUUGACUUUUACGAGAAUUCCCCCCACCUGGAGCACGCCCCGUUUAUGGCCACAAAGCUCCAAAAGUACAUCAACAAAGUGGGGGACGGUGUGCAAAACACCCCGCUCCAGCGCAUGAUCGCCAGCCUCUUCAGUCAAAAGUUCGAUGAAUUCUGGGACAAGCUCGAUCACUCCACUACCACUGUACUCUUCGAGGAUGGCACGAUCCUCGACCUGAUCAGCGGUGCUACUCACAAGGCUACCAAGCACGACAUGUUCUCCACCAGUCUCAAGCUUCCAUACAACGCAGCCGCUAUCCACAAUGCAGAGAAGAAACAGGAAGUGUACAAAUACCUCCUUGACCUGCAAAACCAGGAUGCUGAUGUCGUCGAGUAUCUCCUGCUCUACUUCUCGCUUUGCCUGUCCUGCGCCAAAAACGGAGAGAUGGCUCUGUUUGUCAUUGGUGAUGGAGAGAAUGGCAAGAGUCUGCUCCUGGAGCUGCUUCAGAAUACCUUUGGCCGCGAGUUCUGCUGCGCAUUCAAUGCAGACAUCCUGACCGAGAAGCCCAAGAGCACCAACGAAGUGACACACCAGUUCAUUGGGCUGCUGAGGGCUCGCUGUGCAAUCGCCAACGAGAUCCAGGACGGCGAGACGCUGCAAGAGAAGGUCCUGAAGCAAAUCACCAGCAAUGACGUCCUCCAGAUUCGAGAAAUGUAUCAUCACUCAGCAUCAUGGGUGCCUCGCUUCAAAGCCAUCAUCUCUCUCAAUAGCUUCCCUCAGAUCUCUGGGGCAACCAGGAGCGGUGGCGGUGCUCACGGUACACUGCGUCGUAUCGUCGUCGUUGAGUUCCCCAUGAAGAUCGUCAAGAAGAAUCCAGAGGUCGAUCAAAUCUUCCCAUUUGAACUCCCGGUGGACCCCGAGAUCGUCAACAAAGUCAACUCCACUGCCUGGCGCUACGCACUCCUCGGCCUCCUCAUCGAACGAUUCCCCAAGGCGUCCGACCCACGCAACAAGCUCUCGAGCCCUUCUUCAUGGCCUCUCGCCAUCACAUUGGCCACCGAGCACUACACCCAGAGCCUGGAUAUCGUCAAGGUGUUCCUGGAGAGCCAGUACGAAAUCGACAUCACGGGAAGAAAGGGCAUGAUCGAAAAAACCAUUCUGUAUCGCCACUUCGUUGCAUGGGUUCACUCAAAGUUCGCCGAGCUCUAUCCCAAGGUCGCUGACAAGAUUGCACUGAAGCACAUCGACAAUCUCGCAUCCAGAUCGCAAUCGAUUGCAGAGCACAAGGAAUUGGGGAAGAUAUGUGCACCCUUCUUCAGCACGUCUACCUUCUUCCGCCCUUUCGACAAGUUCAAUGCCAAGUCCAAAACCAAGGCGUACAUCGAAGGACUCGUUCCUCGCAAGGUGGAUCAACAGGCCGAUAUUCCGAUGGAGUGAGAUGUGCACCCCAUGCACACAUCGGUGGAAACGGGUGAGGAAAUCCCGAUGGAGUGGGGUGUUUGCUGGGCGAAGAACUUUUCCUCUCCAUGAUCUCAGUGUGGCCAUUUUUCUCGGUGGAAACGGGUGAGAGGGUGGUGAACGAUGGAGUGCCGGUCGUUCCCCGGACCUUUGUCCCAACAAAACGCAAAUGCAAAUUUUUCAAUUUUUUCAAAUUCACUUUUUUUUUCAAAAUGGUCUGAAAUCUUGAAUUUGUUAGUGUUCUCACCCGUUUUCACCGAUACCCUCUCCAUGAAAAAAAGGGGGGCUUCCCGUCUCCACCGAGACAUUUUGGCACUCGACGAGAUCACUCCAUACAUUCAUGAAAUCAAAAGAACUGAAUAUACAUUUCCUCUCCAUAACCAAACAAAAA